AUGCCUUUAAGCCUCUUUUUCUCUCUCGCUCUCUCUCUCUUUUCCGACUACGCCCCAUUCUGCGCCUCAGUAGAUGCCGAAGGCACAGCCUCGAGCAUCCCUUUCAAGAAUGUGUUGGGGCCGGGCAUUAUCACGUUUCGAGGCAUGGCUCGCGCUUGGCACCGCAACGCGAGCCCCUCCAUUCUUUUGAUCCUCUUGACGCAAGAAAAAGCCGGCGUCAAGACACGAGAAGAAUUGCCGGCAGGUCCCAUCACGGCAUCCCAACCACAGCUCAACCGGACUGUACAGCUUCUUGAGGCCCAAGCAAUAGCGUCUCCUGAUGUCGGACUUCCGACUUUGACAAGUGUUUCCGAGAAACAAUAUGAUGCCAUGCGACCGGAUAUGGAUUUGAUCUCAUCAGAGACACGAAAAUCUUCAACGAAAGUUAUGAAACCCUUCCAAGCGCGUUGUCUCUAUGUACACGGCUGCCGGGCACGCUUAAACGCACCCGGCAUCCGUCAGCUGUUUUCCCCCUCCUCAGUCUUGACCGAAAACGUGUAUACCCGCUUGGCAGAUUCCGAGGUGUGCCAUUCAUCCGGCAAUGAUAAUGUAGCAUUCCUGAGGGGGGUUGAGGGCGACAACAAGAAGACCGUCUGGAACGUGGGACUGGACAAUAUCUUAUCUGAUCAACCGUCCUGCGUUACGCAUCCAUUGAACAAGCAACGAGGCAUGUACAAGAUGUGGAACCUGAGACCCUGGCCGGUUACAGCUCCCUCUUCAAGUCAUCUAUAUGGUUCAUACAUGUGUCUAGACCUCCGGGCCGCCAUUUUCGGAUCUCCUCCAAGGUUUCUAUAUGGGCGUAGGCUACAGGCGAAGGGUCGAAGGCUAAAACGCCAACAGCCGAGCCUGGAUGACACCUCCCCGUGUCCAGGGUUUAUCUAUGCCCUGAUCAGUACACUUGACGGGCUGCCCCCCCUGGUCUGGGCGUUUAUCCUUCCCCGUAAAGAAGACUUCGACUCUAAGACUCGGGCCCUCCUCCGAUCCACCAAUAUCAUCGAGGCAAAGCUCAAUAAGGCUAGCCAUCCGGCUUUUUCUCGGGAUGAAGGUUUAAUUCUCAUGUCCGGUGGUCCGAUACGAUCGGGUUCUAGCCCGGUCUUUCGGCCACUUCCGCUCGUGUGUAAUGUGAUUUGGGUCGUGGCUCUAACGAAGGGUGUUAGUGUGAUGAUUUCAGUCACGCUUCAAGCCUUGAGUAGCCUGAAUGUUGCUCCAUUGACAGGCUCGAUCCUUCAUACGAUACUCAUCACUCCAUCAUUUCGUCACAACCGCCAACACUACCUCGUCUUGAUUCGUGCUAUAAACACGUCUCCCAAUUGUACAUCGAAGCACGUCCUAAGCAACCUAUCAACCGGCGGUGAGUCCAAUAAUCAUAUCAAAGUAAUUGAGUUCUGGGUGGGUCCCCCUUUUCAUCCCAACAUCCAAGCCGUCAGAACUAUGGCCUCUUUCACCUGGAUGGCAACCACACAGGGCUCAUCCAACAUCUCUAUUUACAACUUUUUUCUCAAUGUGUGUACACCUUUCUUCAUAUGUGCCAGUAGGUCGUCCGCGAAUUCGAUUCAAUAUCUAAUGGCAGCUUACGGCCUCGGAUACGCAUUGCGACUGGGUGAGCGGGAAGCUUACGUGUAUUCUUUGAUAGUCUCAGUCAAGAUUCUGGCGCCACCCCAGACCGUGAUUUAUUCCAGGUGUCCCGAAAGGCCGAGGCUUGGUGUCUCGGGUGGACAAAGACUGAAGAAUCUGCAAGACUUUGUGCUACAUACGCUCUCAGUCAACAAACGGUGGGAUAAGACAAAGUUUUAUUGCCUCCACUCCCACUAUAUCUCUGUCUAUUUGGAUCAACUUCAGUGGGACGUUGCAACUUACACGCUUUGGCGCCAUCUAUGGGAGCUGCAAUCAAGGGUCUUCUAUUCACGAAAUCUUUGGUAUCAGACGGUCUGGUCAGGUUGA